GCUGUGGCCACGGAGAGCUGAAAGGGUGAGCCGGAUGUGGACUUUGGUUUACUGGGGGCUUUGGCAAAUAAGAGGUCAGAAGAGCCCACAGUGAAAACAGCCACUCCGGCCAGGGCCAGGCUGCGGGCUAGCGGGCUCUCGGUCAGGGAGGACUCGCCCUGCGGUGCGCACACCAUCCCUGUGCUGACCAGAGGAGCGGCGAGGGCACAGCCCAAUCCUUUCCACUGACCUCCGUGUCCGCCUGGGGCCGCUCCAGCUGAUAGGACGGGGAGCCAGCCUUAUCUGGGGCGCGCAGGCCACGGUGGCGUCCCCCUGCCCCCAGCAGGCUCGGUGCCCCCGCGCACAUUUCCGCUGCGGCCCAGGCCCCCGAGCUCCAGACACACAGCAGGUCUGCGCGGUCCGGUCCGGUCCGUGCGAGGACGUUGCUGGCCGCGGGGCGGGGCAGGGUGAGGCGGGGCCAGGUGGGCGGGGCGGGGCCGAGCUCCGCUGGGCGCUGCGCACUCCCGGGCUGCCGUCCCGCCGCGCCUCUCCGGACGGACGCCUGGCUUGCAGCGCCCUGCCCUUCCCGAUGCUGGCGCCCUGGGCCGGAGAGCCCGCGGUCCCUAUGUCCCAGACCGAGGCCGACUUGGGUUUGCGGCCCCCGCCACCCCCGGGCCCCCGCGGCCCGGGAGCGGCGGCGGGAGCUGGAGGAGAAGGAGGACACGGAGACUCAGGCCGUGGCGACGUCCCCGGACGGCCGGUAUCUCAAGUUUGACAUCGAGAUCGGGCGCGGCUCCUUCAAGACGGUGUACCGGGGCCUGGACACCGACACCACGGUGGAGGUGGCGUGGUGCGAGCUGCAGACGCGGAAGCUGUCCCGAGCUGAGCGGCAGCGCUUCUCUGAGGAGGUGGAGAUGCUCAAGGGGCUGCAGCACCCCAACAUCGUCCGCUUCUACGACUCGUGGAAGUCGGUGCUGAGGGGCCAGGUGUGCAUCGUGCUGGUCACCGAACUCAUGACCUCAGGCACGCUCAAGACGUACCUGAGGCGCUUCCGGGAGAUGAAGCCCAGGGUCCUUCAGCGCUGGAGCCGCCAGAUCCUGCGGGGGCUCCACUUCCUGCACUCCCGGGCGCCCCCCAUCUUGCACCGGGACCUCAAGUGUGACAACGUCUUCAUCACCGGCCCCACAGGCUCUGUCAAAAUCGGGGACCUGGGCCUGGCCACGCUCAAGCGCGCCUCCUUUGCCAAGAGUGUCAUCGGGACCCCGGAAUUCAUGGCCCCUGAGAUGUAUGAGGAGAAGUACGACGAAGCUGUGGACGUGUAUGCGUUUGGCAUGUGCAUGCUGGAGAUGGCCACCUCCGAGUACCCGUACUCAGAGUGCCAGAAUGCGGCACAGAUCUACCGCAAGGUCACUUCGGGCACCAAGCCGAACAGCUUCUACAAGGUGAAGAUGCCGGAAGUGAAGGAGAUCAUCGAGGGCUGCAUCCGCACAGACAAGAACGAGAGGUUCACCAUCCAGGACCUGCUGGCUCACGCCUUCUUCCGCGAGGAGCGCGGCGUGCACGUGGAGCUGGCGGAGGAGGAUGACGGCCAGAAGCCCGACCUCAAGCUCUGGCUGCGCAUGGAGGAUGUGCGGCGCGGGGGGCGUCCCAGGGACAACCAGGCCAUCGAGUUCUUGUUCCAGCUGGGCCGGGACGUGGCUGAGGAGGUGGCCCAGGAGAUGGUGGCCCUGGGCUUGGUCUGCGAGGCCGAUUACCAGCCAGUGGCCCGGGCAGUGCGUGAGCGGGUCGCCGCCAUCCAGCGGAAACGUGAGAAGCUGCGGAGAGCUCAGGAGCUGGAGGCCCUGCCACCCAAGCCAGCACCUGUGCCCGAGACCGUCCUGGUGGCCCCUGCUGCCCCGGGCACCUUCGCCCCCGAGCCCGAGGAGCCAGAGGCAGACCAGCACCAGUCCUUCCUCUUCCGCCACGCCAGCUACUCCUCUACCACCUCGGACUGCGAGACCGAUGGCUACCUCAGCUCCUCUGGCUUCCUGGACGCCUCAGACCCUGCCCGUGUGCCCCCUGGGGAGGCGCCCUUCAGCCCCUCUGAGCCCCUGCUCCAUCUGCCCUCGGCUUUUGCGGUGUCUAUCCCACGCACGGGCCCCGGCAGUGACUUUUCCCCCGGGGACAGCUGUCCCUCAGACGCGGCGUCAGGCCUCAGCGACAUGGGCGAGGGGCUGGGGCGGAUGCGCAGGCCCCCAGGGAGGACACUCCGGCGCAGACCCCGAUCCCGGCUACGGGUCACAAAUGUCUCAGACCAGAAUGACAGAGUGGUUGAGUGCCAGCUGCAGACCCACAACAGCAAGAUGGUGACCUUCCGGUUCGAUCUGGACGGGGACAGCCCGGAGGAGAUCGCCGCUGCCAUGGUGUACAAUGAGUUCAUCCUGCCCUCUGAGCGCGACGGCUUCCUGAGGCGGAUCCGCGAGGUCAUCCAGCGGGUGGAGAGUCUGCUCAAGAGAGACCCCAGCCCGGCCGAGGCUGCUGAAGACGCCCCAGGCCCCCAGGAGGAGCCGGCUCCCCUGCCCGCCCUCGUGGAGCCCCCCAGUGGCGUGUACGGAGUCCCAGCCCUGCCCGGCCCACCGCAGGACCCUUCUGGGAAGGGACGCUGGGGACUGGAACCUCACGAGGCCCCGUCCCCAGCAGAGCUCCGGAGCGGCACUGGCCCGGGACAGUGCAGCUGGGCCGCCUUCUCCGCCUCCUCGUCUCCACCUGGGACGCCCUUGUCUCCUGCAGCCCCCACCUUCCCCAUCGCUUCGCCCCCAUGUCCGCUCAUUGCCACCCAGCUCUCCAGUCGUCCCACACAGCCACCCAGCUCCCCGCUUCCGCCUCCCUGCAGCGUGGCCCAGGCCCCGAGCCCCCCACAUCCCUGGGGCUCCCCCCCUAGCAGCCCCCAGAGUCCCCCUCUCUCUCCCUGUCCUUCCCCCCCUUCCCUCCCCCCCACCACCACAGGCCCUCUCCUCUCCCUGGCCAGUGCCUUCUCGCUGGCUGUGAUGACGGUGGCCCAGUCCUUGCUGUCCCCCUCCUCUGGGGUCCUUGCCCAGGGUCCUCCAGCACCCCCUGGCCCCCAGCCUGGCCCGCCGCCUCUGCCUCUGCUUGCUCCUGGAGGUCAGGAGAGUCUUUUGCCCCACAGGGCUGAGGCUGAGAGUGAGGCCUCCCCAAGUCCUGCGUGGCCGCUCCUGGGCGAAGUCAGACUGGCGCCCAUUUCCGAAGAGGGGAAGCCCCAGCUUGUCGGGCGCUUCCAGGUGACCUCGUCCAAGGAACCAGUGGACCGUCCUCCCCUGCGGCCAGUGAGCCCUGCACGCUCCGGCUCCCCCAAGCCGCCAAGCCCUCCGCAGAGCCUGGGAAGCUCAGACUCCCAGGACAGUGCCUGUGCCGGUGGGCCGGAGCCCAGGGAGUAUCUGGCUGACAGCUGUGCUGCCGAGGGCCCGAGCAGUGCUGUGGAGGACGGGGAUGUGGGCUCUGAGCCCCCCACGGGGGACAGCCCCCCAGGCCUGGGCCACCCCAGCCCGGUGUGGAUGAGCUACUCUUGCAGCAGCCUGUGCCUGAGCAGCGAGGACUCGGAGAGCAGCGGGGAGGACGAGGAGUUCUGGGCGGAGCUGCAGAGCCUGCGGCACAAGCACCUGUCUGAGGUGGAGGCGCUCCAGACGCUCCAGAAGAAGGAGAUCGAGGACUUGUACAGUCGGCUGGGCAAGCAGCCCCCGCCAGGCAUCGUAGCCCCGGCCGCCAUGCUGUCCAGCCGCCAGCGCCGCCUGUCCAAGGGCAGCUUCCCCGCGUCCCGCCGCAACAGCUUGCAGCGCUCUGAGCCCCUGGGCCCUGGCAUCGUGCGCAGAAACUCCCUGAGCGGCAGCAGUACAGGCUCCCAGGAGCAGCGGGCAAGCAAGGGGGUGACGUUCGCCGGGGAUGCUGGCAGGAUGUGAAUUCGGAACAGAAGCCAGCGUCUCCGCCUGCCAGGGCCCACCGUGGUGCCUGUGCUCUCAGAGCCAGAUGCUUUUCUGACCAGCUCAGCUCAGCGAGGACCCCGCACGUGGGGGAUGGCGUCGCGGAGAGUGCAGCUGCACACGUGGGGACUGUGCUGCCGUGUGGCAGUGCCAGGCCUGGAGCCCACCACCUUCCUUUCACCCUCACUCCAGCCAAAGGCCAACCACUCGGCCAGCUCACCCAAGCCCAGAUGCUUCUGGAGAGCUCAACUCCCAGCCGAUCCGAGUUAGCAGUGGCCAAUAAAAACUGCGAGAUCAGGA